GAAGUCACCCAACACUGAGUGAAACAGACAAGCGUUACCGCCUGCGACGAUGGACGAUGCCUUGCAGAUUGAACGCAUUGAUCUGGCAUGUGAGGUGAAUAACACGGAUCACCGCACGCAACUGAACAGCAUGGACAGACUGAUGGUGAGGAGAGGCCAGCCGUUUACCAUCACACUACAUCUGCAACCUGGACCUCACUUUCAAAAUGGGGCCAAUGUCAACUUCAUUGUCCAAACAGGUCCAGUUCCUUCAGUGGAUGCACAAACCGAAGCAAAAUUCAGCGUUAGUAAAUUCAUCUCUAGAUCAUGCUGGAGUGCUACUGCUGACCUGAUGUCAGAGAAUACAGCAUCUCUGACUGUGUGCUCACACCCAAAUGCCCCUAUUGGUGUCUAUAAGCUGAUCCUGGAUCAGGAAGCUGGAGUCGUUCUGGGAGAUUUUGUGCUGCUCUUUAACCCUUGGUGCAAAAGGGACUCCGUGUACCUGAUUAGUGAAGCUGAAAGGGAGGAAUACAUCCUCUCGCAGGAUGGGCUGAUCUACCGCGGGAUACCCAAACGUAUCACAGCCCUCCCAUGGACCUUUGGACAGUUUGAGCCAGGCAUACUGGACAUCUGUCUGCAGAUUCUGGAUGAAAACCCCAAAUAUAUAAAUGAUGCAGCUCUGGAUUGUUCUGAAAGGAGAAACCCAGUGUAUGUGACUCGAGUGCUCAGUGCCAUGAUCAACAGCGAUGAUGAUAAAGGUGUUCUGGAGGGUAACUGGUCGGGUGAGUAUGAAGAUGGUGUGAAGCCGACCGCCUGGAAGGACAGCUGCACCAUCCUCCGGCAGUGGAGUAAUGGCAGCUGUAGGAGGGUGCGUUACGGACAGUGCUGGGUGUUCGCAGCUGUCGCCUGCACAGUGUCCAGAGCUCUUGGAAUCCCAUGCAGAAUUGUCACCAACUUUGGAUCAGCACACGACAGCAAUGGUGAUCUUUUAAUGGAGCGUUUCUACAACGAAUUUGACGAUAACAUAUCUGACGACUUCAUAUGGAACUUCCACGUAUGGGUGGAGAGUUGGAUGACACGUUCAGACCUGACACUUGGGUACGAGGGUUGGCAGGCAAGCGACCCCACACCCCAGCAAAGGAGUGAUGGAGUGUACUGUUGUGGCCCGGCCCCUGUAAGAGCCAUUAAGGAGGGUGAGCUCACUGUCCAAUACGAUGUCCCGUACGUGUAUGCUGAGGUGAAUGCUGACGUGGUGGAGUACAUUAAACUGAGAGAUGGAAGAGUGUUUAAGAUGGGAGGAUCAGCUACAGCAGUCGGGAAGUUCAUCAGCACCAAGGCAGUGGGCAGAGACGAGAAAGAAGACAUUACACACAACUACAAGUAUCCAGAGGGUUCUGAAGAGGAGAGAAAAGUUAAUGAGAAAGCGAAUCAUCACAACAGACUCGUACAGACAGGAGAGGAACCUGGUUUACAGAUCAAGAUCAGGGUGACCCCAGACAUGCAGAUCGGCUCUGACUUUGACGUCUAUGCGCAACUCAAAAACAACACCAUGGUUACAAAGACCUGUCGGGUUAUGUUCUACGCCCAAGCUGUAUCCUACAAUGGCAAACUCGGAGAAACCUGUGGAUUGAGCGAGUUUACAGAAAUUAAUUUGGGCUCUACUGAGGGUGGCAAGGUAACUCUUCGACUGGAGUAUGCAGAGUACGGUAAAGCCAUAACUCAAGACAGAAUGAUAAAAUUGGUGGCUCUACUCAUCGAUGCAGAGACACGAGAGUUCUUCAGAGCAACGAAGACCAUCGUACUGGACAGCCCUGAAAUAACUGUUAAUAUUUUGGGCGUUCCAAAAGUGGGCCGGAGCCUUGUGGCCGAUUUAGCAUUGCUGAACCCACUACCAGAGCCCCUUGAAAACUGUGUGUUUAUUAUACAUGGUGCCAACCUCACUGACCAACCAAUUACUCAUGAGGUUGGAAAAGUUGGCCCUAAGGAGUUUGUCACCGCUAAAUUGGAGUUUACACCAAAGCAGCCACGACAAAGAAAAUUAAUUAUAGAUUUUGCCAGUGAUAAACUUCAUAAUAUUGAGACUUAUGAGAAUCUUGUAAUUUAUGAAUAAAUUUGCCGAUUUUACUUAUGGGUAAUGUUAUUGAUCUUCUCAAAAUUACAAACACUUUGAAUAAUGUUUUAAUAAAAUCACAUACAGUACUACAGGAAUUACAAUAAAAGUGGUUAAAAUACAGGUUGGAUGCACCAAAUGUCGGGGGGACCAAAUUAAGUAUUGUGGGUCUUGCCCCCACCCCCAAGAUCCCCAAAUAUUUAUUCAGGUACCAACAUUUUGUAUAGGACUGAAUAGUGUGAAUAGUUUUGUUGGAAGAACUGUUUCCAACAACAUUUUAUACUGUCUAUAUUCACUACAUUUAUAAUUUUUAACGUGUAUAGGGGUGCGGCAGAUUUAAAUUGCCAGUUCAUCUACAUGUUUGCGUUAAAUCAGAUGGUGUCAAACUAGGAUCUACCGAAUGUGCUUUGGGUGUUCGUGGACAACCAAGACUCUGAAGAGCAAGUGAAAGUGAACACUUACUGAACUGUACUGAUUGUAAGACAUUGGUGUACUUUUUUUGGACCGUUCUACAUCCUCCGAUCUUCCUGAAGCUCACGGGAUUGCCUGUUCACUGUCAGAUGGAUUCUGAUCACCAGCUCAAGCUUAAUAGUUACAUUGGGUGUCGUUGCAUUUCCUAACUCUGUUUCGAUAGAACACCUUGUUUUUUAUCUCUAAAACUGUACAGUUGCUUCAUGGUCCCGAAGGCAUUGGUGCGUCCUGGACCUGGUGAUGAUGUCAUCAGAAAGAGGCUGUGAACCAGGAUCAAAUCAAGGCAUUUUGGAUCAUUCUAACAGUCCUGCUUUAUCAUUUUGUAGAUUUAGAGAGGUAUAUUUUGUCCUGGUCUACUGCCUUGUGUUCAGGUAUAAUGUCAGGAUUUGUACAGCCUUUUCUGUAUCUUAUAAGAGUAAGCAAACUGUGCUUUUGUUAAAGGCACUUCCAUGAAUAGGGUGUGCUAUGGUGUGUCAAAAUUAGAGGCAUGAAUCCAAUGUUUUUAAGAACUAAUGGAUAGACUAUAUAACACUAUAUAUGACAUUAUAUGUC